GCGGUGCAGUGUGGGAGGGGCUGGGGUUCAGGGCCGGGGUCCGGUGUCGGGGGCGCCAUGAACGCGGCGGUGGUGCGGCGGACGCAGGAGACGCUGGGGAAGGUGAUCCGGAGGCCGCCGCUGACUGACAAGCUGCUCUGUAAGCCGCCGUUCCGCUACCUGCACGACAUCGUCACCGAGGUGAUCCGUAACACCGGCUUCAUGCAGGGCCUCUACACGGACGCCGAGAUGAAGUCCGACAACGUCAAGGACAAGGAGGCCAAGAUCCGCUUCCUGCAGAAGGCCAUCGACGUGCUGGCGCUGGUGUCUGGGGAGCCGGUGACCGCCAGGCCCCCCCGCAUCGUCGCCGGACACGAGCCCGAGAAAACCAACGAGCUGCUGCAGCUUCUCGCGCGCUGCUGCCUGGCCAAGCUGUCCAGUGAGGAUGCCGUGAAGCGGGUGCUGGCUGGAGAGAAGGGGGACAACAAAGGAAGGGCUGCUGCCACCAGGCAGGACUCGGACAGCAAGGCCUCGAGAGAGGACGAGGUCAGAGGCCACAGGGACAGAGAGGACAGAAGAGAUUCUGAGAAAGCAGAGAGAAGUAGCAGCCAAGACCACAGACAGCGGGAAGACUCGAGAGACGAAAGCAAGCACAGAGAGAAGGACCGCGAGAGACACAGAGACUCGGAGAAGGAGAGACACAGAGAAGGGGAGAAAGAGAAAACCAGGGCCAGGCCCGAGAGGGACCGAGACCGCGGAGCCAGGGACCGGGAAGCCGAGCGCGACAGGGACCGGAGGAGCGAGGGAGGGAAGGAGAAAGAGAGGGGGAAGGGGCGGGACAAGCCCAGAGAGCGGGACAAGGAGCGGCGCAGGCUGAGGCACGGUGGCGAGCACCCUGGCGAGCACCCCAGGGACCCGGAGCAGCAGCGCGAGAAGGGCAGGGAGCACGACAGGGCCCAGAAGUCAGCAAGCUCAGGGGAGCUGUCCCGGAAGCUGUCAGAAGGCUCUUCUAAAGACACCAGGCUGGAGCUGGAGGCCGAGAGUGCCUCCCGGAACACGCGGUCUGUGAGCACGGUGAAGACGGCCAAACGGCGACUCCGGAAUUCUGUGGAAGGAAGAAGGGACGUUAGAGCCAGUGAGCCUAGCUUCUCUCCCGAGCAAGAGCCCAGUGUCUGCAGCCGAGCUAAGAAGGAACAGCCCUCCAAGCAGCCUGCCGGGAAGGAGGCUCACGUUCCAGCCAAAGCCUUGGAGGCUGGAGCCGGGAAGGAGCCAGAGCCGGCAAGCCCAGCUCCUGAGCCCGGACCCCAGGACUCGGGGGCUCAGCCCACCGCCUCCCCUGAUGAACAAUCCGCUGGGCUGUGGCGUGGGAGCCUUGAGCCAGAGCCUUCAGCGAAGCGGAGAGGUGACUCCACAAGUGAUGCAGAAGGAGAAGCCAGCCAGAAGUCCGAGGGCCCCGAGAACCCCGAGGUCCCCGGCGACCUCCCGUCCAGUGCCAGAAGGACCCCCCGGCCUGGGAGCGCCCGGCCAGCACCACCCAGGCUCAAGCAGCAGCAGAGCACCGAGAUGCUGACACCAGACAGGAUGGGCGGCGCCAAGACCGUGGCCAACGUGAUCAUCGACUCUCGAGGCUCCGACAGUGAGGAGGACGAGCAGUUUGUGGUGGAGGCUGGCCCUCAGGUGGCCGAGCUGGAGCAGGUGCCGGCCGUGGAGGAGGACGAGACACACGGGGGUCUCGUCAAGAAGAUUCUGGAGACCAAGAAGGACUACGAGAAGCAGCAGCCAUCCCCCAGGCCGGGCGAGAAGGACAAGGUGCUGGUGUCGGAGGUGGCGUGGAAGAAGGAGAAGGACGUGGUGGCCAAGGAGAUGGCGCGGCUGCGGGCCUCCAUCCAGACGCUGUGCCGCAGCGCGCUGCCCCUGGGCAGGGUCAUGGACUACCUGCAGGAGGACGUGGACGCCAUGCAGCUGGAGCUGCAGGUCUGGCGCGACGAGGGCCGGCAGCACGGCGUCGCGCUGCACAAGGAGCAGAGCAUCACCAACGGCGCCGUGGAGCCGCUGAAGGCGGAGCUGGGGGAGCUGGAGCAGCUCAUCCGGGAGCAGCAGGACAAGAUCUGCGCCGUCAAGGCCAACAUCCUCAGGAACCAGGAGAAGAUCCAGAAGAUGGUGCGCGGCUUCAACCUCGGCUCCCGGCGCUGAGGAGACGCCCGCACGGCCGCGGGGCCGAGCUCUGGCCGCACCUCGUGCCAGGCCUCAUAAACAGCUCUGCCC